AGAAAGCAACAUUAUUUUUCUUUUAUAAAGAAAUAUAAGGUUGAAUCGCCAAAUAUAUUUGACUUUCAGUAAACAAAGAAUGUUUAAUAAUCUGAUAUCACCAGUUAUGUUCGUGAAUUUAUUUGUCACAUCAAUCAAUUUCGGAGUCAACAUCAUCGAAAUCGCUCGGAUGAACGAUUUAGCGACAUUGACAUCUGGCGUUUCAUAUCUGGGUGCUUGUCUUAUUCAACUGUUUGUUUUUUAUUGGCACAGCAAUGAAGUUACUGUGGAGAGUGAUCGUGUCAGCUACGGCACCUUUGAAAGUGAUUGGUCUAUCGUUAAUUACAAACUACAAAGAGAAGUGGUAUUACUGGCGAUUACAACAUCAAAAAUAUUGCUUUUUGCAGCAGGACCGUUUAAUGACUUGACUCUCAGUACAUUUUUGGGUAUAAUACGAGCAAGUUAUAGUUUUUAUGCUUUACUUAGCAAAACUAAUAAUUAAAAAAUAUAUUUUAAAAGAUUCUAAAGAUAAAUAAGAAAAGUGCUUAAAAAUAGUGCCCAAUACUGCCGGCCAAUUCCACGCUGGGCGCCAAUUUUUUAACGAAGUGUUUACAAAGCAAAAGGUGUCUC